AUGUUGCUGGUGCUCGCAUUGGUCAAGUGCAAAAAGUCAAGGUCCAGAUUUACCAACCUCAAGUGCAACAGCUCUGAUCCCGAAUUCGCGCGGUUUGAUAAGUGCAAACUCAAUGUCAUUGGCAGAGGAAUCGUUGCCGUUGACAUACUGAUAGUAAUGCUGAAGGUUCCAAUCGAUAAUGUAUUCAUCAACUGGAGCAUAUGGCGCCGCUAUAAUAGCUUCCAACCGUUUCUAUACAAUGCCAGUUGCGAUUUCUGCCAACUUUUGGCACGUCCGCAUAGGAUCGCCUUCGAGUCCCUUGUGCUGGCAGCUAUUCAAACGAGAUCCAAUGUCAAUCAUACGUGCCCGUACAAUCACAACGUCAUUGUGGAUAACUUGGUGUUCAACGAUGCGUUCCUGAAGACGCUGCCACUGCCCCAAGGCGAGUACAAGAUACAGCUGCGCUUUGCUACUAACAAAGUAUGGAAACUUACGGUGGAAGUGUUCAUUCUGCGUGAGGAAUGAUGCCAGAUGAUUCUAAUUAAUAUGGCACUUCAGCAGCUUUUUACAAUGUAUUCCAUAUUUAUUACAAAAUUUGGUAUCAAAUAAAAGGUAAACACAAAUUUCUGUGCAUUGAGUUGUGUUAAGAUUUGAAUUUGAUUUGAGAUUAUUGUGCAUAGCAAUUUGAUGAAAAUUCUAGACAAAUUUCGUUCAACUGCCUUACAAUAAAUACGACGAUGUGGCAGAAAGAAUUAUACAAACGCUUUUAGGCAUUGCACUUUGAACAGAUCAAAAUACGAUACAAAAGACUCGGAAUCCUUAUAGAUAUCAUUACAUGUAUGCAUAUUCGUAUAGUUAGUUAAAUGUGUGUAAAUGCUUUGCUGGCUUUACUAAUGGAUUACAGUCUAGAAUGAAUUAUGUUAGCGAGCUUAAGCUAAGAGGUGUAACAAACUAAAAAUGAAAAUAAGAUUACAGAGCAAUAAAAUAAUGAAAUGGCACGUCUCAAAGUCGAACACUAAACGAACACAGAAUAUACAUAGGCUACACGUACGUUAAUCGAAUGUCUUAUGUUUUCUUUUGAUUUCAGAUUAUUUGUAGAUACUAGAAGAGACUGAGCUUAAACUAUGCAUUCAUUGUUCAUGCCUUCGUUAGUUAAUAGUUGUAUUUAUAGAUCGAUAUAUGGAGUAUAUGUUUAAAAGUAGUUUCCGUCAAUAAAUAUUCCACUGGCCAGAGUCCUCCACAUGAAUUGCAUUAAAAUUAACUAGGCUAACAUAUACCUAUGUGUGUGUAUAUAUAUAUUUAUAUAUAAUUAUAUGUGUAUAUGGCGUCGCUUGUAUUUACAGUUCUAUUCGUUCAUAUAUCGCACAUGCAACUAAAGACUAAGCUAGAAACUAUAAAGAAACUAUUUAAAAUUAAAAUCGAAAACGAAAUCUAAACGUCAA